AUGGUUAAAACAAAAGUGGAGAAUAGAAUUGAUGGUUUGGAAAAGGAGAUGGGAUCUGUGAAGGAGGAUUUGGGAAGCGUUAAGGAGUAUCUACUGGAAUUCCGAGAGUGGAUGAGGUUAAGGGACAAGAAGGAGGAAAGCCAGAGCUGUGAAAAGGGCAAGGUUGCUAUGACGGAAAAUUCAAAUAGUGAAGAAAGUGGAGUUCAUGACCGAUCAAAUGGAGGAGAAAUUGGUAGAGAAGACAAGAGAAUUAAGAAGCUAGAAUUACUUGUUUUCAAUGGGGAUGAUCCAUAUCGGUGGACCUUUAGGGCUAAUCAGUAUUUCGUUAUCAAUCAAUAUGAAGAGGAAGAAAAAGUGGAGGCUACCGCCGUGUGUAUAGAGGGCCGGGGUGGAAUUAUUUUAGGACCCUCUUUCCUUGGAGGUUACAAGGCAUUCAAUGACAAAAUAUUUUCACCAAAAUCGCUAUUGUGGGAUAAGACAAUAGCGAGAGUGGGGAUAGUUUACUUCAUCUUCAUAUUUUCUGUGAAAUUGGACAAGUCUCUUAUGCUACACACGUUAAAAAGGAGAUGGGGUCUUGGUCUCACAGGCUUCAUUUUUCCUUUCAUCACCAGCUUUUGCGUUAGUCGUUUGGUACACAACCAGAUUAAAAAUGGAAUUUCUGGAGACUGGGCACUUAUGACAAUACUUUCUCAUUUAUCGUUAAGUUAUUUCUCCGUUGUUGCUCACGCCUUGGAUGAUCUCAACCUCGUAAAUUCUGAGUUAGGUCAUCUAGCUCUAUCUUGUGCACUAAGCAAAGACAUAGUUGCAUAUGGUGUAAUGAUACUUUUUUCAAUUCUCCAACAAGGUUUCACACUGGAGCUACUUUAUAGCAAGCUUUCCACAAUUGCAAUGUUAUUAUUCUCAGUCUUUAUUCUACGUCCACAAAUGAUGUGGAUUAUCAAGAAAACGCCAGAGGGAAAACCGAUAGAACAAAUUUACGUCGUCGCAAUACUACUUGGAGCUUUAGUCAUGGGAGCAUUGAGCGACUGUAAUGAAGGAAACCUUGUCCAGGGGGCUGUAUUGAUGGGUUUAAUUAUACCGGCUGGACCUCCUUUGGGUUCAACAGUAGUAGAGAAAUGUGAAUUCGUUAACUCAAACAUUUUACUCCCUUAUUUGCAUAUAAGGAUCGGUCUUUACACCAACAUUUACUCAUUAAAAAAUUGGGUAGAAAUCAUCUCUUUUGAGCUGAUCCUUUUGGCAGCAUAUUUUGGGAAAAUGGUUGGAACUUAUUUCGGCUUGCUAUACCUCAAACCAGGUCUCCGAAAUGCUAUAAUAGUCGGCUUAAUGUUAAAUGUCAAGGGUAUACUUGACUUUAUUUCACCCAUAAGUUGGACAGUAAAUAAGAUAGUGGAUGAACAAUAUUAUACACAAAUAAUGAUUUCAAGAAUACUACUAACCGCAAUUAUACAGCCUCUAAUAGCUAUUUUGUACAAGCCUCGUAAAACAGCAGGUAAGCCUUGUGACCCAAAAGAAAUUCGCAGGAGAACACUCCAAACAACGGCACUAGAUAGUGAAUUACGAAUCCUUUGUGGUGUUCACUUUGAAGAUAAUGUCCACAGCAUCAUCACUUUUCUUAAAGCUACCAACACAAAUACUACAGGUCCAAUAUGUGCCUAUAUAGUCCACCUUGUUGAGCUUGUUGGUCGACAAAUACCCAUGUUAAUACCUUACGAUCUCCGUAAAAGGAGAUCAACAACAAAUGCUACUGAUCGUAUAAUAGCUGCUGUUUCAAAAUACUCCAAAACCUCUAUUGCUCCUGUCACCAUUCAGCCCUACAGGAUCAUCGCAUCCUACGAUAACAUGCACGAAAGUGUUAUCAAUCUAGCUGAACAUUACUUUGUCCCUUUGAUAUUAAUUCCCUUUAAUAGUAGCCUAGAAACUUGCCAGAGAUCAACCGGUUUGCGCAAUUUUAACCUUCAUUUGCAAACUUAUUCGCCAUGCUCGGUUGGGAUUUUAUUAGAUAGGGGCUUGCCGCGUAGUUUGAACUCAACCCAUUUCUCAUAUAAUGUUGCAGUGUUCUUCUUAGGUGGACAUGAUGAUCGAGAGGUAAUGGCAUUGGUUAAACGCAUGAGUACCAAUCCAGAUGUUAGCAUUACUGUGUUAAGGAUACUCCUGGUAGAAGUUUACGGUCAAGCGGACAAUGAUAGCGAGAAGAGUCUUGAUGAAAUGGUAAUAAAGGAUUUUAUGGCAACAAAUAUUGGUAAUGCAAGUGUGGUGUGUCAUGAGACAGUGGCAAAUAACACUAAAGAUUUGGUUGAUGUAAUUCGUUCCGCAGACAACAAUUAUGAUCUUGUUAUUACAGGAACAAGACGAGGGCCGAAAUCGAUAUUGGAGAAAGAACUGUUGCCAUGGACGGAAUACAAGGAACUGGGUGUGAUUGGUGAUAUGAUUGCAUCUUCAGAAUUUUGUUGGGGGAUGGUGUCUGUGUUGGCUAUGCAUAGUUUUGGGGAUGCUGAACGUAGUGGCUUUUUUGCUCCUUUUUUGAGCUAUACAGAAGUGACAAGUGAUAGUUCUUCUAAUUUCUCAUCAUCAAACUUAGAGAACACUUAG